AUGGCGCCGACAAACUCAAUACGAGGCGUCGUCAUCGGCCUCAUGUCCGCCUUCGGCAUUGCGGUCUUUCUGGCAAUUCUUAUCGUCCUCUUUUACUGUGCGAAAUUCACGUCCAAGGGCCGUAUCUUCCUAGAUGGCAUACGUGGGCCUGGAGAGUACGACGAUGAGCAAGCAUUUGCCAGGGAGGAGGAGGAGGCGCUGGAGACGAUGGAUGAUAUGCAAAGGACGGAAUACCUAAGAGCUAAAGCAUUCAUCGAGGCAAACCCUCCCGAAUCCAUGGACACACAAAUAUCACUGUCACAAUACCUCGCCAUUCAAGAAAAGGGCGUCUCGGCCUGGGAAUUUGAACCCGAGCUGGAAAUCGCCAAUUGUUUCGUCGAAGCUCGAACAGAGAUCGAGUUCUUUGAUUCGGAGUGCUGCGUCUUGAGUAACCUACCAGUUCCCAAGCAAAACGAGGUUUACUACUGGGAAGCCAAGAUCUAUGAAAAGCCAGACACCACAUUAAUGAGCAUCGGAAUGUCAACAAAACCAUAUCCCCUAUUCAGACUACCAGGCUACCACAAACACUCCAUUGCUUACCUUUCCAACGGAACCCGUCGAUACAACCAGCCGUUCAAAGGCACCAACUAUGGCCCAAAAUUCGUACAAGGAGAUGUUAUCGGUGUUGGAUACAGACCACGUACGGGCGCCAUAUUCUUUACCCGCAACGGCAAAAGACUGGAGGAUGUUGCGCAGGGACUUAAAACCCAGAACUUCUUCCCUUCUAUUGGUGCCAAUGGUCCCUGCGUUGUUCAUGUCAACUUUGGACAGGCUGGUUUCGUAUUCAUUGAGGCCAACGUCAAGAAGUGGGGUCUGGCGCCGAUGAACGGAUCCCUGGCGCCACCGCCUCCAUAUGGCUCGGAGCAGGGGAGCAUUUUGCUAGAGUCUGGCAGGAAGGAUGGGUAUGCGCCGGCCAGAGGCCACUCUCAGAGCGUAUCGGUUUUGUCUUAUUCGAGACAACAGCACCCUGUCGACACAAGGCACGGCCGCUCGCGAUCUGGCAACUUCAGGUCUUUGCCGCCGACAAGUCCAGGGCCUGUCAGGAGUCCGACUGAUAUAUCUCUUGCCCAUCUGAUCCCGACCGACGAAGCAGGCGAGCCGAGCAGGAUCCCCACCACAUACAGCACUGGAACUUCAUCCUCGUCAGCAGCCCCUCCAGAUCAAUCGCUGGCGAGGUCAAAUCUGCCGCCGCUUGGUCUUGGCUUGGAUUCUAGCCAGCACGCGCCGCCACCUGAAUACUCUAGCCCAACAGCUUCGGAGACCAGCGGAAGUCGCCGAAAUAGCUCCGAGAGCGAUAAUGCGCCUUUGAUCUCCAUUACCAACAGGAGUCGGGGUGCGUCUUCUGCAACGGCCAGGAGUGGUAACGGUUCUAGACCACCACACAGCCCGCCGAUUCCUAGCUACAACGAUGCCGUUCGUGAAGGCGCUGGGCGUGAUAGGAGUGACAGCGCCAUGUCAGGGAGGUAG